AUGGCGGCCACCUCCUCCAAGAUCGGCCAUGGACUGGCUAAGGUCCUCGCUAUCAACCUCGACGAGCGCCAGGCACAGAAAGAUGCAGUGACCAGAGGCGAAUCAACAUACUCAGUCAGCACGGCUGACUCUUAUAUCGAGGAUGAGCCGAGAACCAUCGACUGGGUCCGAGAUCUAAUUCCCUCUGGACAUAAUAUGCUGGUCUACUUUCGCAGUUUGUUCCCUUUCACCAACUGGAUUCUGCGCUACAAUGUCCAAUGGUUGAUUGGGGAUCUGGUCGCUGGCAUCACGGUCGGCGCCGUGGUCGUGCCUCAGAGCAUGGCUUACGCAAAACUCGCUGAGCUUCCCGUCGAAUAUGGACUCUACUCUUCAUUCAUGGGGGUCCUGAUCUACUGGUUCUUUGCCACCUCCAAAGAUAUCACCAUCGGUCCUGUCGCUGUCAUGUCCACCAUUACCGGAAAUGUCGUCAACAAAGUCGUGGCAGAGCAUCCUGAUGUUCCCGGCCACGUUGUUGCUUCCGCUUUGGCAAUCAUUGCAGGCGCCAUCAUCUGCUUUAUUGGGAUCGUCCGGUGCGGGUGGAUUGUGGAUUUCAUUCCCUUGACGGCCAUCUCUGCGUUCAUCACCGGUUCUGCCCUCAACAUUGCGGUUGGUCAAGUGCCCACUCUGAUGGGCAUCAAGGUCAAAGGAUUCAAUACUCGCGCCUCAACUUAUUUGGUGGUGAUCAACACCCUCAAGUAUCUCGGGCAUACCAAACUCGACGCCGCUAUCGGUUUGACGGCGCUAUUCCUCCUCUACCUCAUCCGAUUCAUCUUGAACCGCUGUGCAAAGAAAUACCCCAACCGAGCGAAGCUGUUCUUCUUCCUCAACACGCUGCGCACUUCGUUUGUGCUUUGCGUAUACAUCCUGAUCAGCUAUCUCUCGAACCGGCAUCAUCGCGAGAAGCCCAUCUUUAGUAUCUUGGGCAAAGUCCCCCGUGGAUUCAAACACGCCGCAGUGCCAACGAUCGACACGACCAUCAUCGGCUAUUUUGCGGACCAACUUCCAGCAUCUGUCAUUGUCAUGCUCAUCGAACACAUUGCCAUCUCCAAGUCUUUUGGCCGAAUCAAUAACUAUACCAUCAAUCCGUCACAGGAACUGGUCGCCAUAGGUGUUACGAACUUGCUUGGCCCUUUCUUGGGAGCUUAUCCCGCCACCGGCUCGUUCUCUCGGACCGCCAUCAAGUCAAAGGCUGGCGUACGGACACCCUUUGCCGGUGUCAUUACGGCCAUAGUGGUACUCCUAGCCAUUUACGCUCUUCCAGCCAUGUUCUUCUACAUUCCCAAUGCCGGACUUGCUGCUGUUAUUAUCCAUGCUGUCGGUGAUUUGAUCACCCCUCCCAACACGGUGUACCAGUUCUGGCGCGUUUCACCGCUGGAAGUCCUCAUCUUCUUCACAGGUGUGUUUGUGACCGUCUUCUCGUCCAUCGAGAAUGGUAUCUACACUACCAUUUCCGUCAGCGCUGCUGUUCUUCUCUUCCGAGUUGUCAAAGCUCGUGGCCACUUCGUCGGAAAGGUCAAGAUUCAUUCGGUCAUUGGUGACCACUUGAUCGAAGACAAGUUCCAUGACAAACCACGCAUGUCCGAUGAUGACCAGGCCGCGCGAAAUAUCUUCCUUCCCUUGGAUCACCACGACGGCUCGAAUCCGUCCAUCCAUGUCGAAUCUCCCUAUCCGGGAAUCUUCAUCUAUCGAUUUAGCGAGGGCUUCAAUUACCCCAACGCGAACCACUACACCGACUAUCUUGUCCGAUAUAUCUUUGAACACACGCGGCGGACCAACCCUGACUCAUGGCCUCGGCCGGGAGACCGCCCAUGGAACAACCCUGGCCCCCGAAGAGGCAAGUCCGAACCAGACCGAUCUCACCUGCCGACCUUGAAAGCUGUCAUUCUGGACUUCUCAUCCGUCAACAAUGUCGACGUUACCAGUGUUCAGAAUCUGAUCGAUGUCCGCAACCAGCUCGACCGCUAUGCCAGCCCCGAAGCUGUUCAAUGGCACCUUGCAUGCAUUAACAACCGUUGGACGAAGCGAGCUCUCGCCUCUGCCGGCUUCGGCUUUCCCACGGUCCCCACGGAAGAGCAGCAUCGCUGGAAGCCCAUCUUCAGUGUUGCAGAAAUCGGCGGUGCAUCUUCUGCCGCCGCGGCUGCCGAGGAUGAAGCCAAUCGACGACUGUCUCGUCAGCAUCAUGACGAAGAGCAAGGCGGCUCUCGACCAAACAGCAGCGGUAUCUCCAAAACCGACGAUAUCACACGGGCGCAGUACAAGGAUGACUCUACGACGAGCUCCAGCCAGGACGGUGAUCUGUCGAAACAGAUUAGUCAUAGCAAGGCAUAUGUCCGGACCUCGACCAAGAGAGUUGCUGUGGUUCACAGUUUGAAUAGGCCUUUCUUCCACAUUGACUUGACGAGCGCCUUACAGUCGGCAAUUGCGAAUGUGCAACACCAAGAGCAAUUGAAGGCAGCCGGGACCGAGGAAAUUGACGAGAUUCCUGGCAAGGUAUAG